UGGAUUUAAAGCCCUCAUGACUGAUAUACUGAUCCACCAAUCACAGUGAAGCACCGGCGGCAGCCAGCCAAUCAUCAUCAUCCUCUGUUUGUUUAACUGCUCUCGGGCUAAACGAUAUUUCAGUGACUAAAUCAGUCUGUCCUUCCCAUCAUGGCCUCUGGAGCUUUGUUCCCCAGCAUGGUGUCUGGGUCCCGCGGCUCCUCCAGCAAGUACCUGGUGGAGUUUCGGGCAGGUAAGAUGACCAUGAAGGGCAGCACGGUGACCCCUGACAAACGCAAAGGCCAGGUGUACAUCCAGCAGACCGACGACUCCCUCAUCCACUUCUGCUGGAAGGACAGGACGACCGGGAACGUGGACGAUGACCUGAUCAUCUUCCCUGAUGACUGUGAGUUCAAACGGGUGAACCAGUGCACCACUGGACGAGUUUAUGUGUUGAAGUUCAAAGCUGGCUCCAAAAGACUCUUCUUCUGGAUGCAGGAGCCAAAGACUGACAAGGACGAGGAGAACUGCCGUAAAGUGAACGAGUAUCUCAACAACCCGCCCAUGCCCGGCGCUCUCGGCAGUGGCAGCGGCGGAGGACACGACCUGUCUGCUCUGGGAGGGGAGGGCGGUCUGCAGAGCCUUCUGGGUAACAUGAGCCACAACCAGCUGAUGCAGCUCAUUGGACCAACUGGCCUGGGUGGGAUUGGCGGUCUCGGGGCUCUGGCUGGUCCAGGCUUGGCCAACCUCCUGGGCAGCAGCAGCAGCAGCAGCAGCAGCAGCGUUCCUGCAGCCAGUAACUCCUCCACAAGUCCGUCCACAGCCGUCACCCCCACCUCUACCUCUGCUGCCAGUCGGCUCGGCUCCUCCCAGGUGCCCACCACUCCCAUCACUCCCUCCGCCACCUCAGCAGCCUCCCCGACAGCCACCACCCCCUCCACCCCUGCUGCGUCCUCUCUGGCAGCGGGGGCAGCCAACCCCACGCAGCCCAUCCAGCUGAGAGACCUGCAGAGCAUCCUGGCCACCAUGAACGUGCCUGCCGGCGGUCAGGGAGUGGACCUCACCAGCGUCCUGACACCUGAGAUCAUGGCUCCCAUCCUGGCCAACCCUGAGGUGCAGCAGAGGUUGAUGCCCUACCUGCCCUCCGGAGAGUCCCUGCCCCAGAGCUCGGAGGAGCUCCACAACACGCUCAGCUCGCCUCAGUUUCAGCAGGCUAUGAGCAUGUUCAGCAGCGCCCUGGCGUCCGGGCAGUUAGGGCCUCUAAUGAACCAGUUUGGCUUGCCCGCCGAGGCUGUGGACGCGGCUAACAAAGGAGAUGUGGAAGCUUUUGCCAAAGCCAUGGAAACGGAGACAAAGUCAGACCAGGACGGAGACUCCAAAGACAAGAAAGACGACGAUGAAGACAUGAGUCUGGACUAAGAACUCUUAACAUUAUUAUUAUUAUUAUUAUUUAAAUGUAUUUAUUUAGCUGCUUUCUCCCGUUUUGUAACUACUAGACACUGAGGAUAAAGAUUAUGGUCGCUGACGUAGAAGCUGUCGCUAAGAUAGACUCUCCCUUCGCUGAUCAUGUUCAUCCUCCAGCAGUGUGGUGAAUUAAUAGCUACUGAUUUAACCGAAUGAACAUACAGAAUAUCUACCUGCAUGUCAGCUGCUAGUCGGUCUGUCCGAAACAAAAGGGAACAGUAAAACGACGUGAAACUCGCUCGUCUGUUGUGGGUUUGUUUUCUGAGAGACCUGAACUGGUGAAAACAGCUGGUUGCACACUUUAAAUUACUGAGUGUUAACUUGGGGGGGAAAAAAAACGGACUCAAAUGACUUUUUGGUGUCUGAAAAUAUAUUUCAAAAACAUUCAUUUUACAGUAUGAAAACACUGAAUAUCCACCCAUUUGACAGCAACCAUACGACGUUACUUGCGGUUACACAGAAAUAUUUGGACGUUUACUGUAACACAUUUUUUCAGCACUGCAGACACAGAACAACAAACUGAAUCGCCGCCAUCGCUGGAAAACGUCUGUGAUUAUCCUUCCCAGACAAGAACAGCCUCAGCUUUUGAAAGAUCUCCACAGCAGCAAAACUUAAGAAGUGUCAGUGGUGGAUGUAAUACCAGGGUUAACCAUUUCACUGCCACACAUUCAGGCACUUUUUUUUUUAUUUCCAAUGCUUGUACGAUUUACUACACGCUUUAAGUACUGCAGUGGGGUUAAUACCGUCUGGCACUUGUAGGAGCAACUCUUACAUCUAAUCGCAUCCUUAACGAGUCACAAUGGUUGGGUUUCCUGUUCUGCACAAUCAGUCGCCUUCCAUUGGCUUACAAUGGAGCGACGGCGGCGGAGCCACCGUCCACCGCGUCUCUUUGGGUUAGAGUUUGUGAGUCGCUCAAAAACACGAGAAAGUAAAAAUUCCUGAGAACUGAAAAACGACACCACAACAAGCGAGACUGCCCGGAGAUAAACUCCAGUGCAUUUAAGAAA